AUGGCUUGGGACGCAUACACAGCAUCAAUCAUCGGAGCAGGAAAGGGACACGGAGGAAUCAUCCUUGCUACUAAUGGCGCUAUCAUGUCACAAGUUGGAAUGACCAUCCAACAAGCUGAAGCCACAACCAUCGCUAACGCUAUUAUGUCUGGAAACGUCGCCGAAUUCCAAUCAAAGGGACUCCACAUCGGAGGUGUCAAAUACACCGUCACCAGAGCUGA